AUGGCCCGGGUCGUGGAUGAACACACCUCGACGGUGGCCAUCAGCGGGAUAACGUGCGGCGGCUGCAAGGAGAUCGUCCGGCAGGCUAUCCUCGGCGUCGAGGGCGUCGUCUCUUGCUCGGUUGAUGUCUUGGCGGGUGAGGCGACCAUCCGUGGGUCGGUGUCGCGCGAGGCGCUCAGCGCGGCGCUCGAGGCCACGGGCAGGGUGAUUCUACCGCCGGGCUGCUCGCUCACAACGCUGCGCGUUGGCGGGAUGACGUGCGGCGUCGUCCACCACAGCCUCGAGACGAACGAGCUCUCCGUGCGCGGGGCGGCGCCGUCGGUUGGCGGCGGCGAUGGCUUGAGCCAGCCGCUGCUGCCGGCGGCGUCGCCGCUGGCGGAGGAUUCGAGCGCGGUGUACAGCAGGGAGGUCACCCUCGCCCUCGGAGGGAUGACGUGCGCGUCGUGCGUGUCCGCGGUGGAGGGCGGGCUCAAGGCGCUGCCGGGCGUGGAGGGCGCGAGCGUCUCGCUCAUGGCGAUGAGCGGGCACGUCAAGUACGACGAGCGGCUGGUGGACGUGCCGACCAUCGUCGCAAAGGUGAGCGCGCUCGGCUACAGCGCGGAGCCGCAGGCGGGCGACGAGGCGGCGGGGGCGGCCGCACGCUCCUUCGGGCGCGAGGCGGCCUACUGGCGCCGCCGCUUCUGGCUGAGCCUCCUCUUCACGCUGCCCGUGUUCCUGCUCUCGAUGGUCUUGCCGGGGCUGACCGUGCUCGUCCUCGUCAACUUGCUGCUCACCACGCCGGUGCAGUGCUUCUUCGGCCUCCCCUUCCACCGCGGCUGCCUCGCCUCGCUGCGCCACCGCACCUUCAACAUGGACGUCCUCGUCUCGCUCGGAACCUUCGCCGCAUACGGCGCACGCUACGAUCGCCCUCCGUUGCGCACGCGACGCGUGCACCUCCACCGCACGCCCGCCGCGCGCCGCGUAGGCUACUCGAUCGUCUUCCUCAUCGCGGCGAUGCUCAUCACCUUCCUGUUGCUCGGCAAGUUCCUCGAGUCGGCCGCCAAGGGGCGCGCCUCCUCCGCAAUCUCGCAGCUGCUCAACCUGCAGCCGCCCACGGCGCUGCAGCUCACGACCUGCAAGGACAUCGAGCAGGCUGCCCGCCGAGGUGGCCGUCUCUGGCUGCGGCGCGGGCACGGCGACGUUGUCAAGGUGCUGCCGGGCGCGCAGGUGCCGGUGGACGGGCGCGUGCUGUAG